UUAAAUCACAAUUGACUCUCAUAAGGGUGGUAUGUCUGGUCUGCGAGGCGUAAAACAUUGAAAAUGGCUCACUGUUAUAUAUCUAUCCAAUAAACUCCCAUUAAAAAAAUUCUCCAUGUAAACAGAGAAUAUAUUUUAAUAUAAAUCUUCUCAAAAUCAAAAACUCAAAUUAACUGUACACAAAGAAGAAAACUUUAUAUAGAACGUCUCUAAAAUAUCUGUAGACUCCAAAAUAUUGGAAAUUAAUUCGAAUUGAUGCGAUUGUAAAUUGACUCUAUUUUCAUCAUUUUUCCAAAUCAUUUAAACGCAUCCACGCUAUUCAAAUUAGACUGCGUGAAGUAUCAAUGUGAAAUUGAAAUUUACCGAUGACCGACAUGCAAUAAGUGUCAAAAGAAUAAUCGGCUCACGUAUACGCUACGCAAGUGCGGUUCACCAGUAUUUGCCUAUACGUUUGUAAUAGAUAGGAGAGGACACUAGGGGAGUAAUGAUUAGGUGGCUGUCAGUUACAUCGGAGUUCCGUGUGAUCAUCGUACGUUGCCUGUGCUCGUUUGGCUCUGUUUGAUCUCAGAGUGCUCUAGUGAAGAUCCUUCGUCACCUGACCUAACCACAGACUCUAUUUGCUACCCCUGGUUAGUCAUGCCACGCUCUAUGGCCAUGCUGUUGUUGUUGAUCAUUUUGUGUCUGAACAACCAAGAGACUCUUGGACGAAGAGGACGUACCAGAGGUAAAACUAGGUCGCGUCUCCAAAUAGGACUGCCUAUAACUGGGAAAUACCGCGACCCAGAGAGCGACCAGUACUACAACAACAACAAUGGUGCAAAGAUACUGUUGGCGUCUCACUUUGAUCUUGAGUAUGUUCUGGGCCACAAGAUUGCUUUCCUCUGUGUCGCACGUGGAAAUCCACGUCCACACAUUACAUGGUUCAAGGAUGGUGCUGAGAUCUAUAGCCAUCUUUACCUGCAUGUACACGAAUGGCAAGUUGGAAAGGAUAAAGUGAAGUCAAAACUAGAGAUUGAUCCUGCUACUCAAAUGGAUGCUGGAGUAUAUGAGUGCUCAGCUGACAAUAUGUACAGCAUUGAUCGCAGAUCUUUCAAGACUGACUUUUCUAUCGCUUUCGAUUAAGUUUAUGCUCUUUC